CACUCCUGCCAUCUCACCGGCUGUUUUGGCCCCCGAGCCUGCAGAGAGAGUCGAGGACGGGCCGCACUUCCUGGCGCGAGCUCGUCAAUAAGUAAUGAUGCAUCAGUGGGGUCCCGAGGGGCCUUAGCCUGCACUUUGGAGUGAGUGGGCUGCUAAUCACACACAGCAAAGCGCUCGGCUUCGUCACGGCCCUGGGGGGAGGCCAGCGGCACACUGGGCUGGGUGGAGAAGCUCGCCUGCGGACCGCCGCACAAUCAGCCAUUUGUCUCUGGCCGCCGUCGUCGUGGUGCAGGGUGUGCGGCCAGGGAUGCGCGGGGCGCCCGCUUCAUGCUGUUAGGACGUCUGCGACGGGCUGACCGGCGAGGGGAGGUGCGCCGCCGACGGGGGGGGCAGAGUCUUGUGAAGGGACGAUUCGCUCGGAGCUGCGCCAUGGAGCCCAACAGCCCCAAGAAGAUCCAGUUUGCUGUGCCUUUGUUCCAAAGUCAGCUGGACCCCCAGGCGUCGGAACAGAUCAGGAAGCGGAGACCCACCCCGGCCACCCUGGUGAUCAUCGACGACCAGGCUCCUCCAGAAUCUGCAGAGAAGAGGACAAACAACUCCCAAGGGGAGAUGCAGAGCGCCGAGAUGUCGCCCAAGCAGCGGAAGCAGAGCGUCUUCACGCCCCCCGCCUUGAAAGGGGUGAAGCUCAUGAAAAUGCAAAAUGAAUCGGCGUUCCUGGAGGAAGAGGAGGCCGUCGACAAACCGGACAAGGACUGGUCCCAAUAGAUACAUUGUCUUUUCUUUUUUUUUUUCCUCCAUUGUUAAAUGUUAGUUCAAUAAACUGAAGUUAACAUAUAUACUUAUAUAUUUUGCAACAAUUGCAGAAGACGCUGUAACUGGAAAUCUCUCAGGGGAAAUCCCCGACCUGCUUCAGGACGCAGAUGUCCAACUUCAGCACAGGCUCCGUGACUCAAAGUGAAGGACGGGCAAACUGAAGUGGGACAAGACGACUCCCCGUCAGUGACGUCACACCUGCCGUGGCUCAUGGACUGUCCAUGUUGGAAGGCCAAAAGAAAGGUCCACACGUAUUAGAAAUUCAUAAUCGGAUUGUCCUAAAUUUCAAUGAGGUGUUCAACGCAAUUUCUUAUCCAGAAAACAAUAUUUCUUUGUCAGACCCUUGGACCCCACCAUGUCCUGCCCAGGUGUGGCCUCAGCUUUUCAGUUUUGCUGUGAGCCCUUUAAAGUGACCCGCUGGUUGAUUUUUUUUUUUUUUUUUGUGACAAAAUUUAAAAAGGGGGUGUGCAUGUGUACGUCUUGCUAUUUUGGUGGAGUCGUCCUCAUUAUUAUGAAUCACAACAAUUACAGUUUAGCACCUCGGACAAAAACUGGAGAAUUACGAAUAUUCAUUUGCUAUUCUGUGUUAAGUAAUUGGUGUUAAUGUUCAGAUCUCUUUUAAUUCUCGUCCUUUAGGAGUUGCACUGUGUGACAAGAUGGCUCCAUUUUUCAUGGCAGUAUAGGGGUGACAUUUUAUCUUUGCCGGUGCUGGUAGCCUAGCUUGGCAGGUGGAAGGUCUCUCCCUCGCUUUCUUACGAGAACUUUACUGGAGGUCCUCUCCUUCCUCAGCUGCUAUUUCAUUUUUUUUUUUUUCCAAUGACCUUUUCUCUGCCACCCCCUUUGGCUGCCCAAUCAUGCCACUGGCUCUGCCAUUUGCACCCACAUUCUUAACUCCAUGAGCUGAUCCAAGCUGGGGUCCUUCCUGGCACCUUCGGUGGUCAUUUAUCCAGGCAAAUGACUUUGCUUCCUCAUCUUCUUCUUCUCUCUCUCUGUCUGUCACAAUCUGUGUUCUUUCUUGGUUUAGCUCCGCCCAUUUAGAUAGCCAUUCUCACAGAGUCUCUCUCAGGCUCCGCCCCUGCUGACACACCUGCCUUUCUUACAAUUGGAGUCCACCCAAUCUGACACACAGCUCUCUCAGGCUCCGCCCCUUCUUCAAGUCAAACAUAAACAUGAAAUUAUGUACAUUUACUUAUUUGACUGAUGCCUUUAUCCAAGGGGAUUUACACCAUUUGAGAUACAAUUAGUUACAUUUUUUGGCUUAUACAGUUGGAGCCGAGGCAGGUGAAGUGACUUGCUCAGGGUCCCACACUUUCAGUGGCACAACCUCAGAGUUCGAAUUCCAAAGCCUUAACCCUUAGGCCACACUGCCUGAACAUCAAUGCAUAAGAAAAACACCCACCACGCAACAAACACUGCCCACCUCACAGCCCCAAGUAGGCUGGCAGGAUCUAACCUUCCUGACACGUGUCUCCCUCUCUCAGGCUCCGCCCAUUCUAGUGUCCUUGCACUCUCUUUCCCUCUCAGGCUCCACCCAUUCUGAUGUCCUUGCACUCUCUGCCUCUCUCAGGCUCCACCCAUUCUGAUGUCCUUGCACUCUCUCUCUCUCUCUCUCUCUCUCUUUCUAGCCCUCUUUUUUUCUCUUUCAGGCUCCACCCCUUCUGACAUCUCGUUUUCUCGCUUUGUCUUCCACAGGCCAUUCUUUUUAGUUAUGACAUUUAUAUUAAGUAAAUAUGCAAAUACAAAUUAUAGCAAAACAAACAUGACCAUAAAAAGAUCAAUACCUAUAAAAUCACCCACUUGCCAUUGACCAAUGCCAGCCCAACUGCCCCCAAGUACCAGGUGCUAACCUUUCUGACACCUCUCUCUGUCUGUCACACAGGCCCCACCCCUUCUGAUACACACUUCUUCCCCUCUGACACUCCCUCCCUCUCCUCCCUCUAUCAGGCUCCACCCCUUCAUUUUUUUAUUAUCAGAGUUGUGCUAAAUAAAUAUACAAAUACAAAUCAGAGCAAAUCUCUCAAGUUCCAUCCCUUCUGACACACCAUCUCUCUCUCUCUCUCUCUCUCUCUCUCUUUUUCUCUGCCUGUCUCUCUCAGGCUCCUCCCAUUAUUUAUCAAGUUUUUAAAAUAAAAUAUGAAAUUAUAAUUUACAACAAAUCUAACCCUUCUGACAUCUCUCUCUCUCUCUCUCAGGCUCUGCCCUUUCUGAUACCAUCUCUUUAUUUUUCUGUCUUUCACAGGCUCCACCCCUUACCUUUUGUUAUCAAUUUUUUAUGAAAUGAAUAUAUAAUUACAAAUUACUGCAAAUCAAUCACGACCAUAAGUGGAUCAAUACCUAUAAAAUCACCCACCUGAUGAUGCCCAAUGCCCACCCAACAGCCCCCAAGCACCAGGCUCCAACCCUUCUGACACAUCUCUCUCUGUCACUGAGACCCCAUUCUAUCUGACACACUCACAUCUGUCCCUUUAUCUGUCCCUCUCUAUAUCAGUUGCCACCCUUUCUUUUUUUGUCAUCAAACUCGUACUAAAUAACUAUGUAAAUACAAAUUGGAGCAAAUCCCUCCCUCUGUCUCUUCCUCUCUUUCUCUUGGGCUCCGCCCCUUCAUUCUAUUCUGCACUAAAUGAAUAUGCAAAUCCAAAUUAAAGGCUCUGGCCCUUCUGACACAGUUCUAUGUCUCUCUCUCUCUCACACACAGGCUCCACCCCUUCUGACACAACCCCUCCCUUUUCAGGCUCCACCCCCUCUGGCCCACCUCUCUGCCAGGUUUGUGUGGCCACUAAAACCCCAGUGAUCAUGGACCUUGUGCCCUCUUCUUCAUAUUUUGAACCCUUGGCGGCCCUUCAUAGGGUGGCACUCAUUCCUCUUUGCUUUCUUCGGAGUUAAUCAAGAAGUUCUAGGAAGUCUUUUCCAGCUGUGCAGCUUCAGCUUUGAAAAUAAAGUCCUUUCUGUUUCAUCCAAUCAGCUGUAAAUAACCUGUUUUGGAUUAUUAAACAAACAAAAUGAGUUUCAUGACAAUAAAGGCCUUUCU